GAGAUAUAGGAACUUAAAGUCAAUCCUUUGUCCAAUCCGUGAGAAAGGAGGUGUCUGUGAGAUGUUUUCUCUAUAAAGGGCUCGCAAAGUAAGAAGCCCACCCGACAAGCAAUCCUUAAGAACAAAAAUGACUUUGGACCUUGAUGAACGACGCAUUCCCAAAACGUUGCCCCACGUCUUCGACCUUGAAACUCUCGCCAAACAUUUCCAGGAGAAUCCUCUUCCUCCUGGGGCAUGCAAGCUUAUUGACUUACCGGGAGACGUUUUUUUGGAUACCGAAGACGAUGUUAACGUUGUCGCCGCUGCACUGUGGGUACUAGCAGUCAAAUAUGACAACUUGCCGAGCGAAGAAAGGCCUAAUCAUAGGGAAGCAUCCAGAAAGUGGCUCAUCAAACACCGCGGAGAGGUAGUAGAAAGGUUGGCCUCCAAAAUUGAACCACCAUUCCAUGCGUUCACGUUAGAUCUGAUAUACAAGGAUGUGGCCGCAAUCCUCGAUGAGCUAUUAGCUAACACUCUGCCCAAGGAUAAGAAGGAGCCUGCCACAAAGACGCAGAACAAGUGAUUACUGCAACAGCAAAAAAUGCACAUAUGUGCAAGAUGGAGAGGCGCUUGUGCUUUUUUCUAUAUCAUGUUGUAGUAUUGCACGACGAUGGCAUCAAUGCAAGUGAUGUAAUGAUGAUCCUAACUAGCCAGUACCUCUUAGAGACCACCCGGUCACCGUCUCAU